GUGGUAGUCAUGACGUCAGAGCACUGCACAACUAGUACGUGGAAAAACAAAAUGGCGACUUCCUUGAACUCCGUUCUGCGACUAAGUUUUUAGCGUUUUUAGACUUCAAUUUUCGCUCAUUUUUCAACUGCUCUACUAUAAAAUCGUCGCAAGACCACAUUGUCAACAAAGGAUCUAACUUAACAACAAUGAAUUCCCUAGAACCACACGCCCUCAAGAUGGAAAGGAUUCCAAAGCCAGGAAGUGACAUUGUUGACUACAGCAAAGUACCAAGAUCAAGUGGAGAUGGCAUGGAGCAUAGCGGAGCUGCACUUGAACCAACUGACACACGAAAACCACACGCUCUCAAACAAAAGCCUCAAAUUCACUUCUCGUUUGGUCAUGUUGAACUUAUGCUUGAGUCUGAUACUGAAGAAAAAGAGGAGGGCACUAAAAAUACAGAAAAUGACACUAUUAGAAAACACCCCAAAAAGGCAACAAAAAGUACACCUGUGUUAAAUCAGAUAAUUGAAAGGACUUCAGUGGAUAGUAGCAAAACUCAAGGGAAUGAUACACAUAUAUUCAUAAAAGAAGAGCCAAAACAGGAGAUUUUACAAUCUUCAGCAAGUACUUUAUGUGACAAACCCACUGGGAGUUCCACUGAGGAGUUGAAGAAGCUUCAGUCAAAAGUAGAGGAGUUGGAGGAACAGACCUCAAGGCUUACUGACGAGAAAACUAAACUUACAAUACAACUAGGCAUACAAACUGAGGUAAAUUCUGAUCUGAAAAAACUUUUGGUUGCAUCAAUGGAGGAGGAACUUGAAAACAGGAUGGAAGCUCUAGCACAUAGGAAUGCCCAGCUCAGAGUGGAGGUUGAACACUGGCAGACCCUCUGUGAUGAAUACGCUGAGGAGUCAGACAGACUGGCUAUUGACUGUGAUGUGUGGAGAACUAAGUUCAUGGCUAGCAGGAUGAUGUCAGAUCAGUUGACAUGCUGGAAAACAACGCUCUACACUAGAUAUCGUCAAGCUCUAGCAGCAUUACAGAGGAUGCUGGAUGAGCGUGAUGAGCUGAAACACUAUCUUGUACACACCACAAGGCUUCUUGAGUCCCUUGACUAUGUGGUCAAAUGCAGCGGAGGGUCAUUUAGUGAUACUCUCAUGGACAGACACCCCAUCCAGGGGCAGAGCAUUCUUGAGAUGGCAACUAUAACAAGCUGUUUAGCGCAGGAUGUGACUGCACAAGUGCAAGGGUUCAUUCCAUCUGGCUCUCUCCCAACACAUGCUCUCCUUCUCAAUGAGGAGAAGGAGCCUGCUUUAGAUUCAACACCAGCUGAGAAAAUGGCAUUACAGCUUCUUACAUCCUCCAUAGAGCUUCAAUCGGAUGAUGUUCCAAGUGUGGACAGCAGCGUGCUGCGGCGCAUGGGCAAACAGUACAUUGGAAACAGCUACCACAGCCGUUUGAUGACUAACAGCUUUCGUGUGACGUAUGAUUGCUGUGAUCGAUGCACCGGUCCUGUACAUGUUGUAUAAUAACCCUAGUCCAUCACUAAAUUAGUUAGAAUUUUUAAAUUCUUAAAGAUAGGUUAUUUAUUGAAAAAGAUUUGUGAUAUGAUAUUUUGGUACUUUAAAAGAUAACCAAAUUAAGAUUAUUUUCUUCCAGUUGUGAUAGCAAAAAAAUGUAUUUAAUGUAUUGCAUUAUUUAAUUGCCUGAAUUUAGCGUUCAGUUUCAUAUACACAUUUGAUCGACAAGAAAUGCACCAUUCAGGGUACACAAAAAAUGUUAUUUGAUUUGCAAAGAAAUAUUAUAAUUAUGCCAACUUUUUUUAUUUUUCACUUUAAAUUUCACAGUUUUCCCAAAAUAAAAUGGUAAUGUGACAUUCUAGGCGGGAAGGGGGGGGGGGGGGGAGAGUGGGUAUUUUGGGGGUGCUGAAAAGUUAUAAGCAUUUAAAAAUUAAUUUAAAGAGUACAUUUACUUUGAAAUCUUUUUUUAAGAUAUGAAUAUAGACUCAGUCACACCUGUACAGACUUGAAUAAAAUAUCAAGCACAAAA